ACACAAGUUGAACAAGAGAAUAAGAGAUGGAAGAAGUUAAGCUAUUUGGAGCAUGGCCUAGUCCCUAUGGUUAUAGAGCGAUAUGGGCUCUGGAGCUCAAGGGUGUCAAGUAUGAGUAUAUAGAAGAGGAUCUGAGUAACAAGAGUGAUUUGCUUUUACAGUACAACCCAAUUCACAAAAAGAUCCCGGUUCUUGUUCACAAUGGGAAGCCGAUUUGUGAGUCCACUGUUAUCCUCGAGUACAUUGAAGAGACUUGGCCAGAAAAUCCCUUGCUUCCUUCUCUUGAAGACCCUCAUGGAAGAGCCUCGGCGCGGUUCUGGAUCAAGUUUAUAGAUGACAAGGCUCUUCCAUUUGCUAUGUUAUUGAUGACUGAGGGAGAAGAACUCGAGAAGGAGGUGAUAGAGGUGAAGGAGAUACUUAAUAUCUUGGAAGAGCAGGGUCUAGGAGAGAAGAAGUUCUUUGGUGGCAAUGAGAUUGGAUUGGCUGACUUGGCCAUGGGAUUUAUAGCCUCCAGUUUUAGAGUCAUUGAAGAACUGGCUGGUGUCAGAGUGCUGAAUAUAGAGGAGUUCCCUGGCUUGUGUAAUUGGGUGAAGAAGUUUAAGGAGAACCCAGCAAUCAAAAAGAACCUCCCUGACCCUGAUCAAAUGUUUGUGUAUUACAAACAGAAUGUUAGGGUUUUAGCCCUUACUAGAGAGAAAAGCAAACAAAUACUGAAAUGA